ACACUGGUGGUGUUUCAAUUUUACAAUUUGUAAACAAACCAAUAGAAGAAAAAAAAACCGGAACAAUGUCGAUAUGCUGCAGAACUUGCGCAGAACCGAUUUUUCACCUGAAUCCCAGGAACCUCUUUAAAGAAGAAAAUGAAGAUAUUCGACAAAACAUUCAAGCAAUUACUGGAAUUAGGUUGUCCUAUGAUCCUCAAAUGCCUACCCAUAUAUGUUCCUGUUGUUAUUUGGAUUUAGAUCACGCAAUCGCCUUUCGAGAACGCUGUUUAGAUGCGAACAAACAGCUAAUAAGCUUGAAACAAGACGAAAUCGUCCCUAGCAAAAAUGCUUCAGUUGAAUCUAAGUAUAUUGAUCCAUUGGAUAACCGCGCAAAAGAUGCGAUCAAAUUUAAAAAUAGACUUAUAAACAGUCCAGGAUAUAAAGAAUUGUCAAGAAAUGAGUGCAAACAAAAGAACGAAGAUGUACGAAGAGUUCUAAGCCCACGCCAUAGUUCGCCUCGAGUACGACUCUUGCGUUGUCGAAAUCCAAAUAAUGGACGUCAAAUAAUAAAUCGCCCCGGCAUAUUAGUAAGCAACAGCUCCCCAAAAAACGGCUUACAGUCUGUUGCAACGCCACAUCUAUCAUCCGAUGAUUUGGCACUUGCGGUAGUUAGGCCAACUGCAUCCAUUGCUCCUAGCCCUACAAAAAGAUUCAGAUCAGUACAAGAUAAAAAAUAUGCACCAGCAUCCCGGCAUGAUAAAGCAACAAAGGUUAAGAAGAAAAAGCCAAAAGAAAUGUCGCUCGAGAAGAAGUAUGUCUGUGAGCACUGCGGGUGGUCCUUCCGCGAUUUGAGUAACAUGAAGGACCAUGCACUGCGACACUCUGGAGUUAAAAAGUUUGAGUGUGAGGAAUGCUGCCGUAAGUUUUUUACCCGUCCCCUAUUAAAGCUUCAUAUACGUGUGCAUCAUAAGGGUGAAAAGCCAUUUGUAUGUAAAUAUUGCGGUAUGGCUUUCCGCAACAGUCCCAGUCGUUGCCGACAUGAACGAAAAUAUCAUCCAAAUGAAUUGCCUUUCGAAUGUGACAUUUGCGACCAAACUUUUAUAAGCAAAAUUAGUCUGGAUAAGCACAAAGAAGUGCAUGUCAAGGGAGAAACAACUCAUCGAUGUGAAACAUGUAAUAAGAAUUUUAAAGGAUCCACAUAUUUAAGAAAUCAUUAUCUUACAAAGUUGCAUCAGAGGCGAAUGGCUGAGUUUGGUAGAAGGGAUUAUCCUGACGCUGAAAUGGGAGAAGUAAGCGAUGAAGAUAUAGGUUUUGACCUUCCCGAUUCUAUUAUUGAAGAACUCGACGAAUCUGACAUGAAGGAUACGGAUGACAAUGAAAGUUCAGACACUACAGCGCUAGGCAGUCCAAGCAAAUGUGCAAAGAAUCCUAGUAAUUCAAUGAGCGAUAUAAAUGAAUUUAGUGACUUUGAGGAAACAGAAUUGUUUCAAGAAGUAGCGCUUGAUAAAGUGGCUUCGUCGCCUAGUUCACCUGUUGUAUCUUCUGCCCUUCCAUCUCAGCCAGCACAGGAUAAGGAUAGUAUGGUGGGCAAAAGACAGUAUAGGAAGAGUAAAGUCAAUAACGUAAAACCACCGGCAAAUCCAAAAGUUUUUAUCUGUGACCUAUGCGGCCAUCAAUCUUCGAGUCCCAAAAACUUGGAUAUUCACAUACUGCGUCACAAGGGCGAAAAAAACUUUGAAUGUGCCGAAUGUGGCAUUAAGCACUACUCGAAAUAUCUACUACAAUUACAUAUUCGGGUUAAACACCAAGGCGAGAUGCCAUAUCUCUGUAAAUUUUGCGAUCAGCGUUUCUAUUCCGCCAGCACGCGUCAACGCCACGAACAAAUGUCGAAAAUGGUUUUAUGCAGAACGUGUGGUGAACAAAUUUACAGUCUCAAUGCCAAAAACCUCUUUCACCAGGAAAAUGAGGAUCUGCUACAUAAGAUCGAUAUACUGACAGGAAUUAGGUUGAAUGAUGAAGAGGAGAUGCCUAAGCUCAUUUGCACCUGUUGUUACUUGGAUUUGAACCACUCCAUAGCAUUUCGAGAGCGCUGUAUCAAAAUACAAAUAGUUCUGCGUGAUAGUAUACGAAGGGAUACAUCAGCUAUAGAUCCCCUGUAUUCCGCAAAGAAAAGGGGCGUAUCUACAGCGAUAAAUAUAAGGAAACAGCCGGAGCGUAAAAUUGUGCGUGCUCGCAUAGAAGCAAAACAAACAUCGUCUCAGGUUCAAGCUGUAAGAGCGCGCUCACCAAAACAAGCGUCAAGCACCAACACAACGUCAAUAACUGAUUCGGCUCAUCAUCGACAGCGGAUUAUGUUAGCCCGAGUGCGCUCAGAAACAGAAUGUGAUAAGAGUAUUAAUUCUACUAGACUGCGCAAGGCAUCGGUAGUGGCGAAAAACAAGUGUAUUGAGAUGGACGAAACAAUGCAAUCGGCAGCAGAAGAUUCUGAUAGCGCCACGUCUGAUAGGUCUAGAAAUCAAGUAAAUCGUAAAGUGAAGCAGCGGGAAGCUAGUAAGACCUACGUUUGCGAUCAAUGUGGAAGAUGUUUUACAGACGCCAGCAAUCUUAAAGUGCAUAUCUUGAGGCAUACAGGCGUAAAGAACUUUGAAUGCCCAGAAUGUGACUCAAAGUACUUUACACGGCAUCUCUUGAAUUUGCAUAUUCGCGUUAGACAUCAAGGAGAGAUGCCAUACGCAUGCAAAUAUUGUGACCAGCGCUUCUUUACAAGCACUACACGUUGUCGGCACGAACGUGUAAAACACACGAGGAAAUUGACAUAUGCUUGUCGAGUAUGCGGAAAAACAUAUCUAACAAAAUCUUGUUUAAAUAAACAUGAGUUCCUUCACACAGGCGAGCGACCAUAUCGCUGUGAUAUAUGCAAUGUUGGUUUCCCUAGAAAAACGAAUUUGAAAAUUCAUUAUCGUUCAAAACAACAUCAAACGAGAGCAAAUGUGGCUCUAGAUAAUGCGAGCUCAGAUGGAGAAACUGAAACUGAUUCAAUUAGUAAAGAUUUCGAUGUUUAACGAAAUAUCUACAUUACACAUAUGGUUUUAGCGCCGAUGUUCAAUUACUGUGCCAUUCACAGCAAAUUUAUCACGAUUUAACGUUAUUAAAUAAUAAUAAACAGU